AUGAGAGCAGCUGCAACACUGCAGCAGCAGCGGCAGUUAGGGAGCUGUUUGAAAGUAGCUUCGACAGUUUGGGUAAGAUUGAGAGCAGUUGCAACAGCUUCAACAGUUACUUGGUACUGUGAGUGCGACUACAAUAGCCGAGGCUUCCAAAACAGCCACUACAACAACGACUACAAUAGCCGAGGCUUCCAAAACAGCCACUACAACAACGACUACAAUAGCCGAGGCUUCCAAAACAGCCACUACAGCAACGGCUACAAUAGCCGAGGCUUCCAAAACAGCAACUACAACAGCGACUACAAUAGCCAAGGCUUCCAAAACAGCCACUACAACAACAGCUACAAUAGCCGAGGCUUCCAAAACAGCAACUACAACAACGACUACAAUAGCCGAAGCUUCCUAAACAGCAACUACAACAACGACUACAAUAGCCGAGGCUUCCAAAACAGCAACUACAACAACGACUACAAUAGCCGAGGCUUCCAAAACAGCAACUACAACAACGACUACAAUAGCCGAGGCUUCCAAAACAGCAACUACAACAACGACUACAAUAGCCGAGGCUUCCAAAACAGCAACUACAACAACGACUACAAUAGCCGAGGCUUCCAAAACAGCAACUACAGCAACGACUACAAUAGCCGAGGCUUCCAAAACAGCAACUACAACAACGACUACAAUAGCCGAGGCUUCCAAAACAGCCACUACAACAACGACUACAAUAGCCGAGGCUUCCAAAACAGCAACUACAGCAACGACUACAAUAGCCGAGGCUUCCAAAACAGCCACUACAACAACGACUACAAUAGCCGAGGCUUCCAAAACAGCAACUACAACAACGACUACAAUAGCCGAGGCUUCCUAAACAGCAACUACAGCAACGACUACAAUAGCCGAGGCUUCCAAAACAGCAACUACAACAACGACUACAAUAGCCGAGGCUUCCAAAACAGCAACUACAACAACGACUACAAUAGCCGAGGCUUCCAAAACAGCAACUACAACAACGACUACAAUAGCCGAGGCUUCCAAAACAGCAACUACAACAACGACUACAAUAGCCGAGGCUUCCAAAACAGCAACUACAACAACGACUACAAUAGCCGAGGCUUCCAAAACAGCAACUACAGCAACGACUACAAUAGCCGAGGCUUCCAAAACAGCCACUACAACAACGACUACAAUAGCCGAGGCUUCCAAAACAGCAACUACAACAACGACUACAAUAGCCGAGGCUUCCUAAACAGCAACUACAACAACGACUACAAUAGCCGAGGCUUCCAAAACAGCAACUACAACAACGGCUACAAUAGCCGAGGCUUCCAAAACAGCAACUACAACAACAGCUACAAUAGCCGAGGCUUCCAAAACAGCCACUACAACAACGACUACAAUAGCCGAGGCUUCCAAAACAGCAACUACAACAACGACUACAAUAGCCGAGGCUUCCAAAACAGCCACUACAACAACGACUACAAUAGCCGAGGCUUCCAAAACAGCAACUACAACAACGACUACAAUAGCCGAGGCUUCCAAAACAGCAACUACAACAACGACUACAAUAGCCGAGGCUUCCAAAACAGCAACUACAACAACGACUACAAUAGCCGAGGCUUCCAAAACAGCAACUACAACAACGACUACAAUAGCCGAGGCUUCCUAAACAGCAACUACAGCAACGACUACAAUAGCCGAGGCUUCCAAAACAGCAACUACAACAACGACUACAAUAGCCGAGGCUUCCAAAACAGCAACUACAACAACGACUACAAUAGCCGAGGCUUCCAAAACAGCAACUACAACAACGACUACAAUAGCCGAGGCUUCCAAAACAGCAACUACAACAACGACUACAAUAGCCGAGGCUUCCAAAACAGCAACUACAACAACGACUACAAUAGCCGAGGCUUCCAAAACAGCAACUACAACAACGACUACAAUAGCCGAGGCUUCCAAAACAGCAACUACAGCAACGACUACAAUAGCCGAGGCUUCCAAAACAGCCACUACAACAACGACUACAAUAGCCGAGGCUUCCAAAACAGCAACUACAGCAACGACUACAAUAGCCGAGGCUUCCAAAACAGCAACUACAGCAACGACUACAAUAGCCGAGGCUUCCAAAACAGCCACUACAACAACGACUACAAUAGCCGAGGCUUCCAAAACAGCCACUACAACAACGACUACAAUAGCCGAGGCUUCCAAAACAGCAACUACAACAACGACUACAAUAGCCGAGGCUUCCAAAACAGCCACUACAACAACGACUACAAUAGCCGAGGCUUCCAAAACAGCAACUACAACAGUCGCUAG